CGCCACUCGACCCGAGCCCGUCUCAGAUCCUCGUUUCCGAGAACGGCUGCGUGGCUCCUCUCUGCCCUCUGCCCUUGGCCCUUGUGCUCCAUCCUGUCAGCAGCCGCUAAUCCCUCCCUCUGACUCCUCAGUCGCCGGUUUUAAAUACCUUGGGUCGGCAGAGCCGAGGGACGUAGUUAUACUUCCGUAUCUCCCCGUAUUUUUGGGCCUCCCUGUGAACAUCCGAGAUCGUCCCCGUGCUCGCUCUUAAUUAAGAAAAGAACGGUCCCUGGACGUUGCUCCAUUUGUAUCUUCGUUCUCUCUUUCUAUUUUUCUCUCUAUUUCCCUCCUUCUCUUUACUUUCUUACGUACCCCUUUUCCCCCCCCCGUCGCAGUCGCGUCCGGUGCCCGUUCCAUCACAUUGACGGCCAUAGCUCAGACGGAAGAGAUUCCGGAUCCCAAUUGAACACCAAAAAAAAAAAGCGUUUGCACAUUUACACCAUGUCUGCGAAAACAGUGCAGGGAAACAAUGGCCGGAAGCCAGCCUCCCCGGCCGUCAACCUGAUCGCUGGUGGUGGUGCCGGUAUGAUGGAAGCGCUCGUGUGUCAUCCCCUCGACACGAUCAAGGUGCGAAUGCAGCUCUCGCGCCGGGCCAGGGCACCGGGGGUCAAGCCUCGCGGGUUCGUCGCCACCGGUGUUGAGAUCGUUAAGAAGGAGACUGCUAUGGGUCUGUACAAGGGGCUGGGUGCCGUGCUGGGUGGCAUCAUCCCCAAGAUGGCCAUCCGCUUCACCUCCUACGAGACAUAUAAGCAAAUGCUUGCCGAUAAGGAGACGGGUGUCGUCACCAGCAAGGCCACUUUCCUCUCCGGUCUCGCUGCGGGUGUGACUGAGGCCGUGGCCAUCGUGAACCCCAUGGAGGUCGUGAAGAUUCGCCUGCAAGCGCAACAUCACAGUCUGGCCGACCCUCUCGACACCCCCAAGUACCGCAGCGCGCCGCACGCGCUCUUCACCGUCAUCCGGGAGGAAGGGUUUAGCACCCUGUACCGCGGUGUCUCUCUGACUGCCCUCCGCCAGGGAACGAACCAAGCGGCCAACUUCACAGCCUACACGGAGCUCAAGGCAUUCCUCCAGCGCACCCAGCCCGAAUACGCCAACGCACAGCUCCCUGCGUACCAGACGACCAUGAUCGGACUGAUCUCGGGAGCGGUCGGCCCCUUCUCCAACGCCCCGAUCGACACCAUCAAGACGAGACUGCAGAAGACGCGGGCGGAGCCCGGCCAGUCCGCGGUGUCCCGGAUCAUGGUGAUCGCGAAGGACAUGUUCAAGACGGAGGGCGCCCAGGCCUUCUACAAGGGUAUUACGCCCCGUGUGAUGAGAGUGGCGCCCGGCCAAGCCGUCACCUUCACCGUGUAUGAGUUCCUGAAGGGCAAGCUGGAGUCGUCCCGGUGGCCAUUCGUCGGGGGGACGUUUGAGGAGUGAGCGGCCCGCGGAGAGAAUGGCCGCUGCGUGUUCUCGAAAGCAUUUGAUAUCAUGAGCAUGGUGGCGUUUUCGAUCAGUUUCUCCUGUUUAUAAGUUUGGGGGCUUUGGAUCGCCGCCAGGCCAGUCCACGCCGUGGGUUGUAUAUACUCAUUUUCGUUGUCUUUUCCUUGUUAUUGUUGGUAUACCUCUUGGUUACUGGAUAGAAUCAACCAAAGUUCGAAUUCAUUCCGAAAAAAAUGGAAAUCUUUU